AGAAAAUAAAUGCUCAAUGUGCCGAAGCAGUGAAAAACAAACGACAGCGCUUGUGGCUCUGUUUCACCUUGGCGCCAGGGUGUUUAUGGAGAAAUAGGAUCCCGAAUUGAUAACGAGAAUGUUGUUUAUAGCUGCUCUUUGUUCCUAAAACGUUACGGAAUUAGUGUAAUAAUUGCACAGUCAGCCCAGCAGUAGAUACAGUGUCAGCAGCAUCCAAUGCGAUUGAAUCUGAAUAAUGUGUCUUCGAACAUAAAAGUCAUCACAGAGAGACGGGAGUGAGCAACAAUUCAGUGUAUGAAAAGUAAUAGCCCUCAAAAUAAAAUGGACAAGUUUGUAGUACGAUUGUCAAAAGGUGAAGCUAAGAAGGAAGUGAAGACUCGAGGAAAAAUCUACAGGCAAGCAACUAUUGAGUCUUUGCGGAGAGUUGUGGUGAUAGAAGAUAUAGCAAGAUUCAAAUCAAUGCUGGAACUACCUGGCCAAACACAGGAAAACCUUGUAUUAGCCUUGACGGAACUGAACAAGAAGAUACCAUCGAAAGAAGUGUUGCGAUCAACACAAAUUGGUCAUACUGUAAACAAGAUGCGGAAGCAUUCAGAUCCUGAAGUUGCCAGUCUAGCCUGUAAAGUUUACAGGCAGUGGAAAACAUUCAUUGAAGAGAAUGCCAAUAAGCCCUCGAUAGAAGUCCGAUGUGACCAGCAAACAGAAAGCCUCAGGAAUAAUGCUAGAAAGCUGCUGUCUGAGUCCAUGGAAGUGGAGGCUGAUCACCCCCUUGUUGAAAACAUCGAGAGAGAGGUAUUCCACCAAUGCUCUCGACUUAUCAACGGGGCCUACAGAAGGACUGUACGAACGCUAGUUUUCGCCUUAAAACACAAACCUGAUGUCCGGGCACAGGUCAAAGACAGCAAGCUACCAGUGAACCAGUUUGUAAAAACCCAUAAAAAAUAAGUCUGAUGUUUGUCAUUGGGUUAUACCAAAUGGAAAAACUAAUGAUGUCCAUAAAAGCAGGCUUUUCAGAACUUGACUUUAUUCUUUCAGUAAAUCCUUGACACAUUUUAUAACUACUAUAUGAAAGCAUUGUGGUUGUUGUGAUGUAGAUGGUAAUGUUUUGUUUUUUUUACCGUGAUAAAUUAAACACAUAAGAAACUGCUGUUACUCCUUAAAACUGAAUAUUUUGUGUAAAAGAACCAAAUGGUGACGCAAAUCAUGCAUACUCUUGUCUUAGUCUACUUCUUCAUCCUUUGCAAUGGUUUACUGUGGUAAAGUUUUAUUCUGCUGGCGAGUAAAUCAGUCUGUGCAUAGAUAGGUUCUUUUAAAAAUGUUAAUAUUGAAUUUCAUGCAAAAAAAACAAUAAAUUAUGGAUUUUUUACCACAAUGUUUUACACUGUAUUUAUUUAACAUUUGAGUGUUUUUAUGAUAAUAGUGUGUCCGGACCGUAUUCCGCAAAUUGCAAUUACUUCUGCUAUUUGACUGCUUGUCGUUUUUAAGUGUACUUUUUUUUUUGCUCCUGCACAAUGAAAUAAAAAAUAAAGUUGUAGUGUUAAUUAAUUACCAGUAGGUGGCAGUGCGCCCUAAAUGAAAUGUGAAGAAUGCGUACUGAUCGAGAGGUAUUGUUGCAGAACGCAGACUGGCACAGCGGAGCGUUCACAGGCAGCUCACACAGGGUAGUGCUGGCUACGCAGUUGUUGUUACCGACAUGUUCAUGUAGCACAUCUAACGUUAAUAAGUUUAAAAAAAAAAAAAAAAAAAACUGUGAAUGGAUUAAUACAUAAUUAGGCCAUCUCAGUGCAAGAGCAUGUGCUAAUGUCACCUGCAUUUAAAAAGCGCUGUAUUAAGAUGCCACCUGUAACAACUCUCUUCCCUUAAUAAAGUGAUGGAAAAUAUAAAUUACAGAUCAUUUACCCAGUCAAAUAGCUAAACGUACAAAGACCAACCCCAACUGUAAAACCUAACCCUAAAUUAUGAGUUGCACACGCAGUACUAUGCUGUGUGAGCUCCCUGCAAGAGCUAAGCUGUGCGUGCCUUCGUUCUGCAGCGAUAUACUGUUGUAUAGAUCAGGGACCUGCAACCUUUACAAUGCACAUAUACUGUAUCUGACGGACAGGAAUAUAUUUUAUGAUUGUGAAUUAAUUAAUGUACAACAGUCUAUACUUACUGUGUCUCAACCUGUGUGUAAUAUUGAAUAAAAUCAGGGUCAUAUAUUCUGCAGUGCAUUUAUUUCAUCAUGCAUUCAACAAUAGACGAGCAGGUGUAUAUUACUGUACUUAAAUGCAGACUAACUGAAGGAAUUAUUUGCACUGUACUGUUCAUACGUACAUUUUGCUCAGACCAGGCAACAGAAAAUGGUUUCCACAACAAAUGUAAAUGAUAUACUGGUGCUUUUUUUAUAGUUCACUUAUUGAAA